UUCAUAAAACCCAGAGAAUUCACCAUCUUUUGCGAUAUUUUUAUUUUUCAGCUGGUAACUGAACGGGAGAGCCCCGAUGCUGGGCGUUUCGGCUAUGAUGGGAGCCUCCGGCGACGCCGCCACCGCCGCCGCCGCAGACGCAGCCCAGCCGGAGACUCUCGAGAGCGGCGCCGCCAGCGGCCCUGCAGACGCUGGCGAAGGCGGUGCGGGGGAAGUGGGUGUUGCGGCGCAGACGUCCGCCGCUGGGUUGAGUGAAGAAGAUAAUAAGUUGAGAAUGGAAGAGGUUGAUCGGAGCUCCGGCGGAAACCGGUGGCCGCGGCAAGAAACGCUGGCGCUCCUGAAGAUUCGGUCUGACAUGGGUGCGGCGUUCCGCGACUCCAGCCUUAAAGGCCCAUUAUGGGAAGAAGUUUCCAGGAAACUAGCGGAGCUGGGUUACCAUCGAAGCGCCAAGAAAUGUAAAGAGAAGUUCGAGAAUGUUCUCAAGUAUCACAAGCGAACCAAAGAAGGCCGAGCCAUGAAGCCGGACAGCAAAACCUAUCGGUUUUUUGAUCAAUUGGAGGCCCUCGAGAACCAGCCGCCGCCGCCUCCACUGCUUCCUCCUCCGCGGCCUCCGCCGCAAGCAAUGCCGGUGGCCAUGGCGAUCCCGGCAAACAACCCGCCAAUUGCUUCUCAAACCACUGUUCCAUCAACAGAAAACCCUAUCACCACUGUGGCUACAGGCUUAAGCCCUAUAAAUCCCUUGCCGCAGCCGCAGCCAGCGCCGGCAGCCACCGCAAUGGCACCAAACCCUAUAAGCUUUUCUGCAAUCCCAGCUUCCCAUGGUCCGACCAUGGCAGUGAAUUUCGGAUCCAUUUCGACGUCUUCGUCUUCGUCGACUUCGUCGGACGAGGAGCCGGAGAGGCGGCGGAAGAGGAAGAGGAAAUGGGAGAGCUUCUUCCAGAGGCUGAUGAACGAGGUGAUCUCGAAGCAGGAGGAGAUGCAGAAGAACUUUCUGGAAACUCUGGAGAGACGAGAGCGCGACCGCAUGGCCAGAGAAGAAGCCUGGAGAGUCCAAGAAAUGGCGAGGAUGAAUCGAGAGCACGACCUUCUCGUCCAAGAAAGAUCCAUGGCCGCCGCCAAAGACGCAGCUGUCAUCGCCUUCUUGCAGAAAGUCUCCGAUCAACAAACCCCAAAUGUGGCCCAACUCCAAGCCCAGAUGCAAGCACCGCCACCACCACAACCGCCGCCGCCACCAGCAGUAGUACAACCUCAGCAACAACCACAACCGCCACCGCCACCGCCACUACAACCGCAGCCACAGGGACGAAUUCAGUCGACUGAGAGCUUCGGCAAUCCAAAGUCUGAAAGCUUCAGCUCUUCGAGGUGGCCGAAAGUUGAAGUUCAGGCAUUGAUCAAGAUUAGAACAAGCCUCGACAAUAAGUACCAGGAGAACGGGCCAAAAGGCCCACUCUGGGAAGAGAUAUCGGCGUCCAUGGCGAAGCUCGGAUACAACCGGAGCGCGAAGAGGUGCAAGGAGAAGUGGGAGAACAUAAACAAGUACUUCAAGAAGGUUAAAGAGAGCAACAAGAGGCGACCAGAAGACUCCAAGACAUGCCCGUAUUUCCACCAGCUCGACGCUCUUUACAGGGAGAAGGCCAGGAACGAGACUACCACUGCUUCCUUCAAUCCGGCGGGGUUUAACGUGAAGUCUGAGAAUCCGAUGGUACCGAUAAUGGUCCAGCCGGAGCAGCAGUGGCCUAUGCCGCAAGAUAUGCGGCCGCCGGAGGCGGGAACGGAGGAUCAGAACAGCAACAACGACGACGAAGACGAGGAGGAGGAGGAGGAGGAGGAAGAAGAGGACGAAGCCGGAGGCUACGAGAUAGUAACAAACAAGCCAUCUUCAGUGGGCACUGGUGAUGAGUGAGUGAAAGAGAACAGGAAUUGGGAAGAGAUGAUUAAUUAAAUGUGGGUCAGUGAGGCAACGUGACUGAACUUUCUUGAGGUGGGUCAGAAUGCAGAGCUUGUCGGCCGGCCGGAAAGCACAGAUUCCGGCUGCCGGAGAUGGGUGGCGGUGAAAGUUUUACAUAUAUACAUGCGAUGCGAGCUGGGGGAGAGAACAUCGGGCUGGAUCGGCUGUAGAGGUAUUUUAAUGUUUAUUUUAUUAUUUUAUUUAUUAUUUUGCUAAAUAUAAUAAAAAUUGGCCCCGCCGGGGGAGAGGGGUGGGUUAAAUCCUAAAAGAGAGGUUGGGAACAGAAGAGAGAGCUUCCAAAGGAUAAUAAAGAAAUAGGGUUGCAUUUUUCCUUUCUGUUCAUGGAGCUGUAAAUUUGGGAAUUGGUCUCUUAUAAUCAGUGUUUGUUUGUUUAAUAAUUAUAUAUGCAUAACAUAUAUAGUUUCCGUUCUUUAA